AUGAGAACCUACUCCAAACUAUUUAUUCUUCUCCAUAUCACAUUUGUUUGGAGUAUGCAGUCACACGUGAUUGGCUCAUCCACAAACACCAGCACCUACAACAAUUCUGCUGUUUCUUGGGGUGCAUCACGUGGCCAGCACGCCUGCACCACCAUGCUUGUCGUACCUGUCGGCACACCAUCAUCAAGGGAGACACUGUCACCCUACGAAGGCCGGAAGGCUGGAUACUCGUCCAGUGAGAGCUCUAGCGCCAACCCUACUCGUAUCGGAUCUCGGCCCUCAGCCCAGUCCCCCACAUCCACAAAGAGUAGAACAACGGAUUCUUAUUCGCCAGACUCGGCCAAGCAUUCCUGCGGGUGCGCGGGGGCCUCGUCGAAUAUCACUAGCGCCUCGCUUCCUCCCAAUCAGUCAGCAGCAUCCGGCAGCGAUCUCGCGGUUGCAAUCCUGUUUGGCAUACUGAGCUUUGCGACUGCAAUGGUCAACAUUUGGCUGCAGUACGAAGCUUUGCAGGUGCAGAGGCAAAACAUGCCUAACCAGUAGCUUGAAACCGAUUGGGCGUCUCGUUGGACACCAAUAACUCCGAGAACAAUCUUGACCAAAGAACUGCCAGGCCAUACUAUUUCACGGAACUCCAAGCUCUUUCGCUUCAUUGAGAUUUGAAGGGUUCGUCGUCGGGCGCUACAUGGCAUACAUGGGUGGUGGUGGAUACUUGGUGUUUGGUUUAUAGCUUUCUUGCGCGACAACUGAGAUUUGCGUGCGUCGGAUAGGUGUUAUGGAGUAUAAGAGGGCAAGGGGAAGAGGUGGAUGUAUAAAUAAAGAUAGAUGGACG